AUGGCGCCAACCACAACGAUACACGAUCUCCCCACAGAGCUGAUCUGGAUGAUCGUGGGAAAUCUGGACAUAGUCAGUCGUAUGCACCUACGCGGAUCUUGCGCCGACAUUAACAAUCGUAUCUGCCCACCAACUCGCAAGGAACUGAUCGAAUUCGAGAGCACCCCAUACGGGUUUGAAAGCGGUCUAUUCGCCUGUGCCAACUGCAUUCGGCUGCUGCCAAAGGAAAUGUUUGCCGAGAAUCUGACAGUGCAUCAGAGGGCAAAGAGAAGAUCUAGUUCAACUACCAGAUUCUGUCUAGAGUGUGGAACCUACCCUGACCACUGCCCUCCUUUGUACUCAGUUGAAGAUCAUAUCACUAUCAAAAGCAAAUUAUCCGUGGUUUGUCAUAUUUGCUGCGAGUUCAAGGAGGGCAAGGCUGGAGAAAGGAAAGGCACAGUCAGAGUGUUUGGAAUGCUGGGAAUCUUCACUGUGAAUAUGGCAAGAAGGUAG